AUGGCGGACACGCUGUCGACAGGUCUGGGAGAGGAGAAAGAGAAGGAGAAAGAGGACAGUGAGAGGGGCCGAAAGGCUGCCAAAACAGAGAAUAACAAGGAGAAAGACGGCGUCCCCGAGACGUUGAGGAUCAACGAUAAAAAUGGCGGCAGUAAGGCCAAGAAACGCAACCUGUCAGAUCUGUCUCUGGCCAGAUUUAUAACUACUGAGCUCACCAGAGGCUACUUCCUGGAACACAAUGAGGCCAAAUACACAGAACGCAGAGAGAGGGUCUACACUUGUCUCCGCAUCCCCAAGGAGCUCGAGAAGUUGAUGACGUUCGGCUUCUUCCUCUGUCUGGAUGCCUUUCUCUAUGUGUUCACCCUGCUGCCCCUCAGGGUGAUUCUGGCCCUUUUACGGCUCAUCACAUUGCCUUGCUGUGGUCUCAGUGGCUCUCGCCUGCUCCAGCCAGCCCAGGUAUGUGACGUGCUGAAAGGCUUCAUUAUGGUGCUGUGUUACUCUAUGAUGAGCUACGUGGAUUACUCCAUGAUGUACCACCUGAUCAGGGGGCAGUCUGUCAUCAAGCUGUACAUCAUAUACAACAUGUUAGAGGUGGCGGACCGCCUGUUCUCAUCAUUUGGCCAGGACAUCUUGGACGCUCUAUACUGGACAGCCACAGAACCCAAAGAGAAGAAGAGGGCACACAUAGGCGUGAUUCCUCACUUCCUCAUGGCUGUGCUCUACGUCUUUCUCCAUGCCAUCCUCAUCAUGGUUCAGGCCACCACGCUCAAUGUAGCCUUCAACUCCCACAACAAGUCCCUGCUGACCAUCAUGAUGUCAAACAACUUUGUGGAGAUCAAAGGAAGUGUGUUCAAGAAGUUUGAAAAGAACAACCUUUUCCAGAUGUCCAACAGCGACAUAAAAGAGAGGUUCACCAACUACAUCCUCCUGCUCAUCGUCUGUCUGAGAAACAUGGAGCAGUUCUCCUGGAACCCUGACCACUUGUGGGUGCUGUUUCCUGAUGUAGUCAUGGUGAUAGCCUCGGAGGUUGCUGUGGAUGUAGUCAAGCACGCCUUCAUCACCAAAUUCAAUGACAUUAGUGCUGAUGUGUACGGGGAAUACAGAGCCAGCCUUGCGUUUGACCUUGUCAGCAGUCGACAGAAAAAUGCUUACACAGACUACAGUGACUCAGUAUCCAGAAGAAUGGGCUUCAUCCCCCUCCCUUUAGCUCUGCUGUUGAUCAGAGUAGUGACCAGCUCAGUGAAGAUCCAGGGUUCGCUCUCCUUUAUGUGUGUGCUGCUGUUUUACCUGGGGAUGAUCACUCUGAAGGUGCUCAACAGUAUCGUUCUGUUGGGGACGUCUUGUAUGUUCGUCAAAGAGGCCAACAUGGAGGAGAAGCUCUUCGACCCUCCACCCUCUGCUGUGUCCAGCCGCGCAAACUCCAGAGCUCACCGUACCAAACACGUUCACACUGCACCACAGCAAGAACCCACAAUCGCCAAAGGCGGAAUAUCACUGGCAUCAGACAAUCCUCAGCCCACCAACAUGGCAGAGAGCUCCGCCCCUACACUCCCUAAGAGCGACUCGGACACAUUCCUGACAACACCAGAUGGGGAUGAUGAUAAGAUCAUCAACACCAAUACGGAACUGGAAGGGGAUGGACUUGAACCCCGAACACCCAAGAAAGAUUUGCUGGAAAUAGAUCGUUUCACCAUCUGUGGCAACCGAAUAGACUGAAAUGCCAUAUAGAACAACCAGCCAGUGACCUGGCAAAGGUUCAGGGAUCAGACACGGGUCACGGAGUAUGCUCAGACCAUAUUUUUGUGCGCCUGACCCCUGAAGUAUUUAUUUAUUUAUUACUGACAAAACCAGCCAAGGCAUAAAGCUGUUACUACAAGCAUGAGAGGUCACUUCAGAUGGUUCCAUCUGGUCCAGUAGGUGCCCUUCGUGAACCAGGUAGACUCUUGAGGAUGGGUCUUGGUUGUAAUGGCAAUCUGCGGACAUGCUUGCUGAUGACGACGAUGGUAGAAAACUGGCAUGCACAGCUGGAGCAGAGCGUCAACGGAGAAACAAAUCUGCGUAUGUGAAAUCGUUCAACGUGGGUCGCUGUGUGAUCAUAGGAACAUGACAGCUGGACUGUGCGGGUAUGUGUUCAAAAGCACAAUCAUAUGUAAAGCGCAGAGUUGUUUUUAGAGAAAACAAAACUUGUCAAUUUUUGUACUUUUUUUUUUUUUUUUAUUUCAAAAGCCUGAAAAAUUCUAAUAUUUGAAAUGAAGUUUUUACAAAGAAUCUCAAAUCUUUUUUCUAAAAUUGGCCGUGUUCAACUGCAGGAAUAAGACUCAAACACAUUUACAUGCUAAAAAUCUAAAAAGUCGCUCUGCGGGCGCACACACCAAAACACAUUUGGGGGGGGGGGCUUGUUUAAAUGAAGUUACUGUGAUGUGACCAGAUGUCUAUAGCAGUUAGACAUGGCAGCAGUGACACCAAGUACAGCCCUUCAGUCAACAUCCUCAUGGCUUCGUCACAGCGGUGACUUUACCCAAAAACACAGAUUAAAGUUUGGAGGUUUUAGUAUUGUGCAGUUUGUGUUGAUAUUGUUCCUCUGAAGCACUGAGAUAAGAUUGUGCCUGUUUCUAAAAGCACGAGUAUUUAUUUUGAAGUGGACGCUAAGCCAGACAUGUUUGGAAGAUUUUUCCUUUUUCAGUGACCCCCCCCAAUAUGCUUCGUGUGUGUGUGUGUGUGUGUGUGUGUGUGUGUGUGUGUGUGUGUGUGUGCGCGUGCGUGUGUGCGUGUGAGAGACACUGGCAUCAACUCAACAUGUUUUCUAAUUCUUAACCAUUAUUUUGACAGUGAUAUAAAAAAACAAUUACAUUUAUGAAGGUAAAAUGUUCAAGGAUACCUGAAGGCGGAGACACUUCUAUAAGGGUGAAUCACCUCUAAAUAACAAGAUGGAGCAUCAUAUCAGCACUGUGAUCAAGUCAGAAUAGUGAAUCAAGCUAUUUUUGUUUGUCAGAGAGCUUUACAAUUGGAAAAAAAAAAUUAUUUGAUCCCUAAAGGUUGCUGGCAUUUUUUUUUGAUGUGGUUGGCUGUUGGCUUUGAUUAUUGCAACAAGGUCUGUGUGUACGCCGCAGUCUUUUAAGAUGCUGUGAAAGCUGGAGGCACUGUUUGACAAAUUAAGUGGAGCUUACAUUAUAACUCUGGUCUGAAGUGCCAGCUUUCAAAAAAUAAAUAUUUGGUGAUCUUUGAAAAACCCAGAAUGUCUUUUAACAACACAUAUUGCUGUUCUGGAGAUAUUUCCAGAAUCAUCUGAAUGACAAAAUAUUCUGUUCACUGCAGGAUAAUAAAUAUUUUAACUGGUUUCUCAAGCGACUAUUUUCUUAAGAUUGUCUUAAAAGUUUUAAUUUGUCUAUAUUGAUGUUUAUGUUUUUACACAAAAUAAAUAUCCACCUGGGAAGGAAUUACAAUUGCAACUUUGUAAAUAUGUUAUAUAGGUGUUGCACACCUUGAAGUGGUGCAUAGGAUCAAAAACUCUAGUAAACAAAGAAUCCCACACACUUUAUUAAUAUCUUUUCCAUCCAUUUCAGUUAGUUUCUGGGGUUUUCAAUGAUUGCCAGCUAUUUAAUGCUCAAAAAAAAGAUGGUUUACUUAGCUGUGACUAAAAUGUAAAAGUUAUACAUGAGAGGCACAAGCAGGGGUUAAGUCCAACCUUACUAUAGGAGGACAGUCAAUACAGUAAAAUAAAUAACCGCGGUCUUACAACGAAGGACUGAAGAGUGUGGAUGUGUCAUGACAGAUGUGAUGUGAGAUUGUGUGAGUAAUUUCUAGUGCAUGGAUGGAUCUCACUACCAAAAGACAUGCUAUAUGUAUGAAUCAGAAAAGUCAUUGUUUUUAUUUUUCAUGUACAAAAUCUAUGUAAAACUUCUACAUGGUAGAAGGAGAAUAAAACAAGAUUUUUGUUUUGUAA